CCUUGGAAGAAUGAUCAACAACAAAUAAACUUACUAUUGCAGAUUAUGGGCGCUGAAAAGUACUUCAAAGAUUUUUAUUUACAUAUUCGCUGUGGAAAGAGAGGUUCCCAAUGGUUUGGUUAGCAUGCACUGCGCACCACUUUAAGUUACAGAUCCUCGCACAAACAAAAUGGUCUGAGAAAAGCUAUUUCCAUGACAGACGAACUCUGGAACUUCGAAAUUAGUUACGUUGCCAGAGUCCCGAAACUGUCACUUAAUCGUGCUUUGAUGUUUUCCAGAAUCCAUCAGACUCUAUCAGUGAAGAGGUGAUGGCAGCUGAGAAGUUGUUUUACGAAGAAAGUGCUUUCAAGCUGAUUGUGUACUGCGGUGUCGCCAUUCUGGGAUUACUCUUUAUCGCUGGGUUGUUGUACGAGGUUCUUGUAAAGAAAUAUCUGCAGCCGAAACGAAUGAGAGAGGAAAACAAUUACCAGAACGUUGAAUUAGUCAAGCAAACAAACCCGGCUGAUGACCAAGCCUCCAACCCAACCGAGGGAGAUCUGGAAGAACUACUACAAGAUUAUAAGGCUUUCCACGAUUCGUGGGUUGCAAAGUGUAAAAGGCUUCAUGGGAAACCGUAUGGCUGUUAAAUCCAACAGAUUGUCCCGUUAAAACACAAGAAAAUAAUUGUGUUAAGAAACAUUCCUCGUUUUACAGUGUAAUAAGGUGUAAUUAUUAUUAAGGUUUAGGGUUCAAAACUAUUAAGUGUUAGCUCUCUCAGUAGUUUCUAAAAGUCACAUGGCACUGCUUAAACAAAGCAAACAAGCACUUAGGAAGAAAGGGAACAACAUGAAAGCUCUUUUCCAAGAGCGGUUGCUCUUGAAAAUCAUAGAAGUUCUUACUAUUUCCCUAAUGGCUCCUGGCUCAGACAGGACAAUGCACCCGAUAAUCAAAGUGUUAAAACCGCCAAAAACAAUAAAUUCAUGCUUAACAAUUGACAGAAGCUGUCACAAAGACGAGGAUGAAGGUAGCAAGUUGAGUAAUGUACAAACAAGACUCUUUGCUUCCCAAAUCAAUUAUCACGUGAUUCGGAUUGGGUGGCAACAGGGACGGUAAGCAGGUCAGCCAAAUCCGUCUGUUUCCCUACAAUACUACAGUAACAGCUUUGUCUUUAGGCUUUUAAGUAGAACGUAAACCGGCUCUACAGUAACAGCUUUGUCUUUAGGCUUUUAAGUAGAAAGUAAACCGGCUCUAGAAGAUUUUACCUCAUAGUCGUUU